AUGACUGGGAGGGAAGCAGCCAAGAUUCUGUUAACAGGCAAAGAUGGAAUAGUGAGCUUGAACCUCUUCUAUGCUGGAAAGCAGGUGCUUGGCCCAACUAGCUUGCUCCAACAGACUGGAGAAGCACACAAGCGUCUUCGGCGGUUGAUUGCCGAGCCCCUAUCUGUUGAUGGCCUGAAAAAAUAUUUCCAGUUCAUCAACAAUUUGGCAAUUGAAACAUUAGAUCAGUGGCCUGGACGAACAGUCUUGGUUCAUGAAGAGGCUUCCACAUUCACACUAAAGGUAAUAGGCAACAUGAUAAUGAGCUUAGAACCAACUGGGGAGGAGCAAGAAAAAUUCCGGGCCAAUUUCAAAAAGCACUGCAAGGAUACAUCAGAAGGAGAAGAUGAUAAACUUACAGAUACGCAAUUGAAGGACAACAUCUUGACCCUGCUAGUUGCAGGUCAUGAUACCACAACUGCUGCUCUAACAUGGGUUAUCAAAUUCCUUGAAGAAAAUCCAGCUGCAUUGGAACGUCUCAGAGAGGAACACAUGGAAAUUCAAGGUAGCAGAAAGAAUGGAUCUAGUCUCACCUGGUCUGAAAUCAACAACAUGCCUUACACCACGAAGGUGAUUAAUGAAACUCUUCGAAUAGCCACAAUCCUUCCUUGGUUUUCAAGAAAAGCAGCACUAGACUUUGAGAUCGAUGGGUGCAAAAUCAAAAAAGGCUGGUCAAUCAAUUUGGAUGUGGUUUCUAUUCACCAUGACCCAGCAGUUUUUCCUGAUCCCCUGAAGUUUGAUCCCUCUAGAUUUGAUGAACCCUUAAAGCCUUUUAGCUUCCUUGGGUUUGGAAGCGGACCACGCAUGUGUCCUGGAAUCAACCUGGCCAAGCUGGAAAUUUUGGUCUUUAUUCAUCAUCUUGUCUGCAGAUACAAGUGGAGUCCUUUGGAGAAAGAUGAUUCAGUCCAGCCAACAGUUGUCCGGAUGCCAAGGAACAAGUACCCAAUCAUAGUGAAGCCACUUUAA